GAUACAUUAUCGAAAUAAUUUUGUUUAUUAUUUUGUAUUUGUUAAUUUUUUUCCUCGACAAAUUUCACCAAAGACAAUGUACGAUCGAUGUCCGAACGUUUAAUGCAAUUCUUAUAUCAAACAUGCCAGGCGUCAAAAUUCAUAAGUUGUCGCGUAAAAAUCGAAAAAUGUGAAAUUAAUCGCAUUUAUAGCAAUGCGUUCGUCAAAAUGUUAAUAAAAAAAAAAGGAUUAACUUCUUUACAAUCUUGAAUAUAAAUCCUGUGUUAAUUGUUCAUUGAACACGUUAAGUAACCUCCGCAAAUAACCUCUUACUCUCAGCAAGACGCGAUUAAAAUUGGAAACUCACGCUGUCUAAUUAAUUCGCACCAAGUAGAAAGAAAAAGAACAAAAAAAAAAAAGAAAAAAGGGAAAACUCUCGAAGAAUCGUAAAUUGCGAUGGUUCGACGAUCGAACGAUGGAUCUUAGUGUACCGCGAACUAGCGCGACCAAUAAAAAAUCCAACACGUUAUCCGGGAAUAAAAAUUCAACUCCGAUAUCGUCGUCUUCGAUUAAAUCCAAAGAAUUGAAAUCCAAGAAUAACGGUAGAACAGUCGAAUUAUCGAGCAGAACGUUCGGUAAUCAAUUGCGAUCUAAUAAGCCAAAGGAUUCGACAAAAUUUCGUGAAAAAAUCUACGAAAAAAAGCGUAUUGCGACGGCCGUAGAGAAGUCGUCGCAAAGAGGCUUUCAAGUUGAAAAUUCUAGGACGAAAAAAAGUUUAAUUCCUAGCAUUGUAAAAACUUUCAAUCGAAAUAUCAAACUAGACGAAUCGAUGACAAUAAAAAAAAAACGGAUGGCGAAGGAGCUUGAUAGAUCGGAUAAGCUCGGGCAGGAAUCAAGUUCCAAGUCGAUGAGACAAUUGUUUAGCAUCGCUGAUUCUUGGAGUAGUGAUUCCUUAGUUAGUCAUUCGGAUAGUUGCACCUGUUGUCACAAAAAGGAAUUAUGUCCUAUUCACGGAAAGAAUAGUUUCGCGAAUAAUAAAAGAUAAUCGAUUUUAUAGUCAUCAAAGGUAGGAUAACUUACAUAAAACUCUAAAAUGGGAAUUGGCCUUACUAAGAAUUUGUUCCAAUUAUUUUUUGUGCA